AUGUCUGACCGCCUUCCUGAUAUCCACACGAAAUUGGAACAAAGCGACGACGCGGACAAGACUGGAGCAUCAUUUAUCAGAACGAAUUUCGACGAUUAUUCCAUGUAUGAGGUUGACGAUAAGCAGCAUAACACCACCUGUCCACCGGAUUUGCUGGGAUUUGAUGUGAAUCUUCUGCGAAACUUAUCGGCACAGGAUGCAUACCUACGUGAACAGUUGAACAGUUGUGUGAAAUCCGCUCUGGCUUCUCAAGAUCCGUGUACAUUGGCCGAUGAUGAGCGCGAAGAAUUGCUUCGACAAAAGCGAAAGGAAGACGCAUAUAAAACAGCUCUAUGUGAAUCGUACAGACGUACUCAGACGUGCAGCUAUGGAAAAGACUGCCGUUUUGCUCAUGGUGUCGAUGAACUACGUCUUCCUGCUCAGCCUCGCGGUCGUAGUCAUCCUAAAUACAAAACAGUGCUCUGUGACAAGUUUUCGAACACUGGUUACUGUAAAUAUGGAGCUAGGUGCCAGUUUAUUCACAAAAUCACUAAUCCUGCUAUCCUCGCUCAGCAGAUGCUAGCACGUGAAAAUGCCCUUGAG